AGCCACGCCAAGAAAUCGAGCGUGGACGCGGAUGACGUGAGGCUGGCGAUCCAGUGCCGCACCGACCAGUCCUUCACCUCGCCCCCGCCGAGAGACUUCCUGUUAGAUAUCGCCAGGCAGAAGAACCAGACGCCGCUGCCCUUGAUCAAGCCGUACUCUGGACCCAGGCUCCCCCCGGACAGAUACUGCCUGACAGCCCCCAACUACCGGCUGAAGUCCUUGCAGAAGAAGGUCUCCUCGUCCGCAGGGAGGAUAACGGUGCCUCGGCUGAGCGUCGGCGCCGUGAGCAGCCGGCCCAGCACUCCCACUCUGGGCACGCCUUCAGCACAAACGGUGGCCGUCUCGACCAAGGUGGGCACGCCGGUGUCGCUGGCGGGGCAGAGGUUCACCGUGCAGAUCCCGUCCUCCCAGGCAGCCGUCAAGUCAGCCACACCGACUACUCCAACAGUUCAAAACGUUCUGAUUAACCCUUCGUUGAUCGGACCGAAGAACAUCCUCAUUACUACAAACAUGGUGUCGUCGCAGAACGCGUCGAACGAAUCGAACCCCUUGAAGAGGAAGCACGAAGACGACGACGACUACGAUAAUUUGUGA